ACACGGUUAAUGUAAUCGUCACUUCGAUGUAACCAAGUGCGGUCGUGUCUCUACAGGGCUCAUUGUAGUUCGCACGAAAGCCCUUUAAUAGUGCCUAUUCAAAUGUAGUCCCCUUGCUGUGACCUAAGUCAAAGGCUACCAGAAUUUCGAGAGGAAAAUCGAUGCAAACAUCAGUAGCGGUCUAAGUCUAUUAUCGACCGCCACUGUCAUCAGCAGUUUCAUUCCGAUGGGUUGAGAACGCCUAUAUUCUGUGUUUGUGGGCUCACCACUGACGCUGGUUUAAAGAAAAUAAAUAUAAUAUCGGGUGUGAAAGUUCACCUCAACGUUACAGCGGAAUCCAAUGUCGACUCCGAGCGCAUCAGUCGGAGCGAUACAGGAACCUUGAACGCCGUGUAAAACAACAAAUUUGAUGGUCGUUCUCCUAUUGGAAAACAUCAUCUACACGCACUGUCACUUCAUUAUUAUUAAAUUUCUAAAUAUUUUCUUCAUAUUAUAACUUAUUUAUACUUCAUUCUUUAUUUAAUAGAGCAAAAUGAGUAAAAUUUUAAAAGUCGUAGGCGCGUCUUGGAUGCAGACAAAAAUAAGCUCUUACAUUUUGGGAUUUCUCGGAGUCCUCGCAAUCUUAGCGCUAUUCGUUGGACAAAUAGAAAGAAUUCAGGAAGACGGAAAUUAUGCAGCAACCGUGUUCUAUUCAGAGAAAACCGGAUAUCGUAUUGAGUACUGGGGUCAGAGCAACGAUUUAAAGGAUAUCGCGAGAGGAGUGGCUCGAGCGUACUUCAGAGCGGACAUUGAGACUACGGGAUGGUCACUCCUAGAAGUGGAAACAGAUGGUUCAUAUCCUGACGAAAUACAAGCUUACGCGGCUGGCAUAGUAGAAGGAGCUCUAACUUGGUACUUAAUCCACAUGCAUCUGGAAAACACAAUAAGAGCUAAAUGUGAAGACCAACCAUUAGAAAAACAAUGUGAUAAACUUAGAGAUGCUUUAGAUAAAUCUGCAAAUAUAUGGAAAACUCACGCCGCAGAACGCAGUUCGUCUGAUCCUUUCUGGCACCACGUAUCGCUGUACUACACGCAAAUCGGAGGUAUAUAUACUGGAUGGAAACAUGGAGUAGAACGCAGCAUGAAUGAAUAUGACACCGAUAUAUCCGACCUAUAUUGGCUGAACUCCAUUGCAGAAGUGAAUGAAUUACAGCACAAAUUGAACAUUUCCAUAGAAGAUCCUGAAAUAAGCGCUAUGCCUGGAUUGUCAAGUGCAUUUUUAAGAAUUGUCAAUGAAACAUCAGAGGAUGGGACAGCUAUGAGGAAGCUGUUUGUAGCACAGGAUGUCGCUGGCAGCUAUUCAUCAAUGACCAGAAUCAUGAAGAGGUACAAAUUAAAUUAUCAUCGUACGUCGAAGGAUUCUGUUUUAGCGCCUGGGUCUUCAGUGGAUUUCGCAGGUUACCCGGGUUCCGUCACCAGUCAGGAUGAACUAUAUGUCAUCAAGGGGGUGGAUCAUCGCUUAGCUAUUACUGGAACAGCAUUGAAAAAUUACAAUAAUAAACUGUGGAAAAAUGUUAAUAUUACCGAACAAGUUCCUAUUGGUCCUCGCAUAACAGCCGCUAACCAUCUCGCUUCAAACGUCAGUUCCUGGGGCCGCACUCUCGCUCGAAGUAACUCCGGUACAGGCUGCAAACAGUGGCUCGUAGUCGACUUCAACAAGUUCAACCAAAUCAUGAACACGAGCGAAGAAAUUAAUGUACCGAAGUCUGAGAAGAAGGAAAUGAUUACGGAAAGCAAGGUUAACAAAGACAUAAAGCAUACAAUUGUCCACCGUGCCGGCAGCGGGCGAGCUAAAGGUCUACUGUGGCUGAUAGAACAAGUGCCUGGAAGGACCCACUCCGCUGAUCUUUCUGACGCCUUCCUGGAAAAAACCUAUUGGGCUACUUAUGGAUUACCAUUCUUUAUGGACAUAGCAAACGACACUCACAUCCCAAAAAUGGAAGAAGCUUACGGAAACAUAUUUUCUGAAUCUGAAUCACCGAAAGCUAUCAUAUUCCACAAAGGCUUUAAAAAUGCGUCAACUUUAGAUAGCAUAUUAAAACUAAUGCGAACUAACAAUGUAUCCGCAAUCAACGACACAAGCUCUAUGAACUGUAAAGAUAACAAAAACUGUAUAUUUAAAGAAGCAGAGUAUUGGUCAGUACUUGGAGUACGCGGAGACAUCGCAAAACAAUAUAAGGAGGCAUAUGGCAUUAUUGAUACUAAAGUCGUUAUUGGAGAAGCCAACAAAAAAUCAUUAGAAUUCAUAGCAAUAUCAAGUCCACCGUUUACAGAAGUUAUGAAAUCCAAUAAGACCGAUGUUCCUAUAAACAAAGGCAAUGUUGCUUCCAUAUAUACAGAUCAGUUUGAUGAUGUGCCAAUGAUAAAUGGUUUAGAAAUCAGAGACCUUGUGAAACAUCAACAAGAAGAAGCUGAAAAGGAGUCACUAGAAAUGCUUAAAAAAAAUGAAUUAAAACCAUUUCAAUGGUCCGAAAGUGAUUUUAAUGAUGAAGCACAUGAAGGUCUUCCGGAUAUAUGGAAUUUUGGUCCCUUCAGUCCUAAUUGGUCGUGGUAAAACUAGCGAUUCUCAAAUGAUUACCAUAAUAACUAGAUAUAUUCAUAAACAUUAAGCCGACCAAAUACGUGUUUAUAAUCAAAUUAUUAUAAUAAUAUCCGUCCUCAUUUCAUUUGUGUACGUAGACUGUAGAAUUAUUUUAUUUUGGAAACAUGUAAAAAUAUACGAUGCCUAUUGCAAGUGACAUUAGUUUGAUAAUUAUUUUAACUCAUCAUCUUCGUUUUCAUUGAUUUUAUAUUGAUGAUAAUAUAGUAUUUAUUGAAUUUAUGUUUGUAUUGGUCCUAUAUUGUUUCAAAGCUGUGUUUUUUUCUUAAAUGUUUUAUUUUUAAAUU